AUGCCGCCGGAGCCGCCCACGCGCGACCAGAUGAAGUCGUACUGGACCGAACACAGCGCAACCACAGACGUGGAGACGAUGAUGCUCGACUCGAACGCCAAGCUCCUGCACGAGCUCGAGCGGCCCGAGAUCAUGGCCCACGCGCCGUGCAUGGACCAGCAGGACGUGCUGGAGCUCGCGGCCGGCAUUGGGCGGUUCACGGCGCUGAUUGGCCCGCGCGCCCAGCGCGUCACGGCCGUCGAGUUCAUUGACGACUUCCACAAGGCCAACGUCGCGGCCAAUGGCCACUUGGCGAACGUGACGUUUGUCUGUCAGGACGUCGUGACGCUCGAGUACCCGCCGCAGUCGUUCGACGUGAUCUUUUCCAAUUGGCUCUUUAUGUACCUAAGCGACGCCGAAGUGCAGGCGUUUGCCGCCAAAGCCGUCCAGUGGCUGCGUCCAGGCGGACAGCUCUUCUUCCGCGAGUCGUGUUUCCGCCAGUCGGGCGACGUCGCGCGCAGCGCAAACCCGACGCACUAUCGGCAUCCAGCGUUCUACGUGGGGGCGUUUGGUGCAGUCGUGUCGCACGAAGACAAAGAGGGCCACCACGCAAUCGGCUAUUUGAGCCUCGAGUCGUCUGGCAGUGUCGCCGUGUACCGGAAGAUCAAGCGGAACAAUGGCCAGGUGUACUUUUGCUACAAGAAGGUCGUGACGCUGUGCGCUGCCGAGAGCAGUGCGAACGAGGCCGUGGCAACGUUCCAGAAGUUUCUCGACGAGCAGCAGUACUCGACGCAGAGCAUCACGCGGUACGAAAAGAUCUUUGGCUCGGGCUAUGUGAGCACCGGUGGGCAGACGACGACGACUGAGUUUGUGUCCAAGCUGCAGCUCCAGGCGGGCGAGCGAGUGCUGGACGUGGGCUGUGGCAUUGGCGGCGGCGACUUUUACAUGGCCCGUCAGUUCAACGUCGCGGUGGUGGGUAUUGACCUCUCGACGAAUAUGGUGCACCGCGCGCUCGAGACGUCGAUGCAACUCUCGAGUCUCGACGUGGAGUUUGAGAUCUGUGACGCGACGAAAAAGGAAUUCCCCGACGCGUCGUUUGAUGUCGUGUACUCGCGCGAUACGAUUCUGCACAUUGAAGACAAACACGCGUUGUUUGCCAAGUUCUUUCGCUGGCUAAAGCCUGGCGGGCGCGUGCUCAUUUCGGACUACUGCCGGGGCGAGCAGGAGCCGACGGACCGAUUCAAAGCGUACGUAGCGGACCGCGGCUACCACUUGCUGUCUCCGUCUCAGUACGGCAAAGUGCUCGAGUCGGUCGGGUUCCACUCGGUGGUCGCGGAAGACCGCACGGAACAGUUUGUGACGGUGCUGAAGGACGAGCUGGCGCGCACGCUAGCGCACAAGGAGGAGUUUGUUGCCGAGACGAGCGAGUUGGACUUCCAGUACAUUGUGGACGGCUGGAAGGCAAAGAUCGUGCGGUGCGGUGAAGGCGACCAGAAGUGGGGACUGUUUUACGGUGAAAAGAAGUGA